CAGCACAGCUCCCUUGCGCAAAAACCAAGAGCCCUCGACACGAAGAAAUCCUCAUCAAGCUCAGUCGAACGUCAAAAAAUACAUCUCAUCCUAAGCACUUGCCAUAAUAGCAUUUAGCCAUGACUGAUCAGAACCUUCCCGAGAUGUCGCCUUCCGACGUGAACUUCAUGUGUCACGUCUUCGUGCACAUGACCGAAAAGCCCGUCAUUGACUGGGACAGCUUCGCGGAGGCCGCUGGCUUCAAGAGUGCAGGUGUCGCUCGGACCCGCUGGGGACAGAUCAAGCGCAAAUUUGCCCUGGUUGACCAGGCCACCCCCAAGAAGAAGACCGCCCAGGCUUCUGUCAGCACUCCCGCUUCUGACUCCAAGGUCAAGAAGCCUACUGGACGCGUUGGCACCAAGGGAAAGAAGGGCAAGAAGGCUGUGAAGGACGAGCAGGAAGAGGAUGAGGUCGAUGAAGACAAGGCUGUUAUCAAGACCGAGGGCUUCAAUGUCAAGGAAGAGUUCCUCGACAUCUAA